UGUUGUGAUGGCGGCGAUGUGCCACUAUGAGGGGCGUCACUACGCCGAGGGCGCGGUGGUACCGGUGCGCGCCCCCUGCCUACGCUGCCGCUGCGGCCGCGGCGGCGUAUCCUGCCGCCGCCGCGCCUGCACUGCGCCGCCAGCGCCCGCUGAACCCUGCCAAAGCGAACGCAGCCGGGACGCCUGCUGCCCGCACUUGCAUUGCUCAGAUUUCACGGACAUAAUGGAGAGGGUUCCUGACAUCAUCACUAAGUACGAGGAAGUUUAUUCUGAAGUGGUCAAGUCUCAAACAUACGGUACUCUUUGAAAUAAUCUCUGAAAUG